ACAUUCCCGAUCUAAAUAUGUUUAUUUCUAUGAAAUAUAUUUAUUUUUGUUUGUCGAAUGAUUAUUAGUUGUCGUGGACUCUGGUGGUGAAAAGUGUUAAUUAAUUGCGAUAGCUGGCAACACACUCGCGCGAAGAACGAGCCCCUUGCGUUUAGACAAUCGCAUGUACCCCAACCAAAAUUCACGACUAUUCGAGCGUCGAUCACAGCACAGCAAAGCGCCAGCUUCUUUCCCGAACGACAAACUGUCUUCUGCACGCCAGCGCAGAUCGUUCGUUCUUUGUUAGUGCAGGACCCAGAUAUCAAGCGCUCACAUGUUCGGCCCAAGGAUGAAGCAACAGGCAGGCCGACCCACUUAUCGUACGUUUGCUCCGUAUCAUUACAUCAAGUAGUCUGCGGUGUGUGCAGAUCCAAUUGAGAGGAGAAUGUUUUUAUACAGCUUCUGAAAGAAAGUGAAGGCGGGGCGGCGGCGACACGAUCUUCAGUUGUUUUUUCCUGCACCAGUGCCUCUUGUACGGAAGGUGCAAGUAGACUCAUGCUGUGGAUAUCGCUAGUUGUCAUGCUCAGUGCUCUGAGAAGCCGCCAUGUCGGUGUGGGAGGCAACACGCUUCGCAACAAUACUCUUCAAAGGACCGGUUGUUACAUCCGUCUAGAGACACCCGAGGGAUUCUUGGAUUCUCCGAGUUAUCCUGACAGUUAUCCUCCAGGAUUUGACUGUUGCUACGAUAUAGCAAGAUUGUCAUCCCAUCACUGUGGAGUGAAAUUUUACGCGGAACAGCUGACAAUUGUGAAAACACCCGAAGAUGGUGAUUUCUGCCAAACAGAUUGGCUGUCUGUGGACUCGUGUGUCCCAGAAGGGGGGAGCAGAUUCUGUGGCAAUCUCACUGGGUCUGCAUUUCAGUACUUGUUUCAACCAGGUUCCAGAGCACUUCGCCUCAUCUUUCACAGUUCGCAGCAAAAUCCGGAGGACCGACCUGAUCCAAGCGUUAAAUAUCGAUAUCGAUUAAGGUAUCAGAUCUUGAAUGAUUGUGGGGGUCUCUUCCAAGAACCCGCUGUCUCCGACAUCCCCGGAGAAGAGGGCAUGACCUGCUACACCCGGAUUCCUGACAAGCGCGGAUCAAUCCACACUCCCUUCUACCCUGAAUAUUAUUCGCACAACCUAGACUGUGUCUAUGAAUUUAUCAGACCAAAUCCUUUCAUCUGUGGAAUACGGAUGCGUUCGGUGGAGUUCCAGCUUGAGCCAUCAACGUCGACUCCGUUCGGAGGCGCCUGCGCAGACUAUCUACAGGCACCGGGUUGUGGCUUUCUGUGCGGAUUCAUGAACUUCUCUUGGACAGCCGUGUAUCAACCUGGUGCCACAGGUCAGAGAUUUCACUUCCACUCUGAUGAAGCCAACAGUCAUCAGGGAUUUCUCAUUGCAUUUGAACAAGUUUACCAUUGCUGAUAUAGGAGGAUGGAGACAUCAGUAUCACAAACAGCAACAACUGUUAUAUACUGCCAAGUAAAAGUAUGAGUAACCUGUAUAUACUUCAGUUAAAUUAUUGUUUCACAAAUGGGGCUCUGUGAGCAGACAUUAAACAUUCUCUCUUUUUAGAUAGAUAAAGCCUGGAGAUCGUACAUAACUGAACCAUACAAAACACAAAUAGAGGCAUCAAAAGUAAACAAUCAGUUCUGGGAAGAACUUGUGACAACUACAAUCCCUCAAAGGCUUCAUUCUAUGUGAAAUUUAUAAUUACAACACUUCCUGAUCCAUAUCUGAGCAUACUUUUCACUACCACAGACUGUUACUAUGUUAAAUGUGCCUGACAUAACCUAAAAGUUUUACCACCACAAUUGUAAUUAACGAAGAAAAAGGUAUUUUAUGCAGAAUUUAUAGGUAUUUUUAUGAUGUAGCUCCAUAAAAAAUCAUAUACAUA